ACGGCAGAUGAAACUAGUAUAAGAGAAAUCACUAUGAAAAUAAGCAGGCAAGGAUAUUGGUGUCGAUUGUUAUUGGCAACCGCGAUCUUGUCAGGGCAUGUUAAUGCAGAAAAGCAAAAGCGGCAGAUUUUUCGAGAGCAAGUGCUACCAGCGUUGGGUGGCAAGAUUCCAGAGGAAGCUUUUAGAACAGAUCGGCUGGCGCUGAAUCGGUUAAACAAGGAGGGUAUUACCGUGCCGGACGGCGUCGUCUUGGAUGCUCGGCACAUCCACAAGCAUCCUCAUCCCAAUCAAAGAAUGCCGGAGAUAAUAAAGGUCUAUCUAACGUCGGACGGUCGAUACGUACCGCCGGAAGGUCGACCUCACUAUAAUUACCCGAAAACCGUCGACACUACUUACAUUAUACGAAGACCAUUUAUGCACACGAAUCACAAAACACCAAACAAUUUUGAAAACGUCAAACUACGAAGCUAUCCGAAGGCACAGAGCUACUCGAAUUAUGGACAGUUUGUGCCGAUCGCACCACCCGUCGAACCAGGUGUUUACAAGCCUAUUGCAGCGCCUUUCGUAUUUCCGGCUGACAGAAACCUGUUUGAUUUAUCAAGCUGGAAGACGGGAUAUGAGUGGGACACCGUGUACGAACCGUUUGACGGUUACUUUGUUAACAAUCUAGCACUCUUCGAUUCACAUCAGAUCAUUACGGAUUACCAAGGAUUUCUCAAUGAGUUCCAUGGACGAUCCUUGAGGCACGUGAAAAGUAGUGACAGAAAUCAACAGCAUCGCCAGGGUCGAAAGUAUCAGGAAUCGAAACUAUCGUCCACGCUUCAUCAGAAAAUCAAAUCGAAUGCCGCCAAAGAAUCUCAAGAUUCUGCUUAUACAAGUCUCACAAAUAUACCGGAAACCAAUUUUUCUUGCCGUGGAAAAAAGGGAGUGUUCGCAGACGUCGAAACCAAAUGCCAAGUAUUUCACAAUUGCUCAGAUUGGUCAAAAACAUCCUCACUGUGUCCACCGGGAACUGCGUUUUGCGAGACAAACAACCGAUGCGAGUGGUUCUAUACCGUACAGUCGGAAACUGGUCCAGUUUCGUUCAUAUUCAAACUCAGUGCGGUCAUGUCGGGAAGUCGUAGUAUCCUUGUCGUAUUUCUGGUCGCCGCUAUGGCAGCGCCCCAUUCGACUAUUGUACAGGGACGAAUAGUAGUGAACGAUUAUUACGACGAAUAUCAAAAUUUCCAACCGGUAGUGGGUUUUCGGCAACCCAUUGUCGUAAAAGAAGAAUCGAAGAAAGAUCAGGAUUUGAGCAAGAUUCCUGGAAUCCCCGGAAUAGAUUAUCCCAUAUAUCACACAGUGCCGCCUACCAGCUUUUCCUGCGCACACGUUCCGAUCGUACCAGGAAUGUACGCAAACGUGGAAACCGGUUGUCAGGCAUAUCACGUUUGCCACGACGGGCGUGAGGGGCAUCAGGGUGCCAGCUUUUUAUGCACCAAUGGAACGCUCUUUAAUCAACACGAAUUUGCAUGCGACUGGUGGUACAAUGUUAAUUGCGCCAAUGCACCAUCCCUUUAUAGGGUAAACGCAGAUCCAUUAAAGAAUCCAUAUGUACCGAAGGAGACAAAGGACGCGAUUCGAAAAAGAUUGAAGAUCGUCGUACUUUAAAUGUAUGUAAUUAGCUGUGUAUAGCUGAUAAAUUUGAUUUACGACUACACAC